AUGUUUAAAACUAAAUUUACGGAAACGUUUAAAGAAAUUGGAUUGAAAUAUCCAAUUGUUUCAGCUCCAAUGGCAAGAGUAACUAGUGUUGAAUUAGCUGUUGAAGUCAGUUUAGCUGGAGGUUUAGGAUAUAUGAGUGCAGAUGAUAUAGAAAAAGAUUUAAUUAAAGCAAAGGAAUUGUUAUCAUCCUCUUCUUUGAACAAUAAAGAGGGGGGUGAUUUAUUAGUAUUACCAAUUGGAGUUGGGGUACUUACAUUUGAUUUGGAUAAUCGUCCUGAAACACUUUCAACAAUAUUAAAAUAUAAACCUGCAGCAAUUUGGUUUUCGUUUGGUGAUUAUUCAAAAUAUGUGAAAUUGGUAAGAGAAUCAUCGCCUAAAACAAAGAUUAUUUCACAAAUUCAAAGUAUCGACAUGUUAGUCAAAAACAUGACCUCGACCCCUUCUUCCAAUUAUUCUUCUGUCGAUGUGUUAAUCGUGCAAAGUUCUGAAUCAGGAGGUCAUGGAGCAGUUAAAGGAGGCAAUCUAAUUACAUUAUUACCAGAAUCAAUUGAUAAAUUGAAAGAGUUGCAUCAGGAUAAGAAAAUCAAUUCAAUCCCACCAGUGUUGGCUGCAGGUGGAAUAAGCGAUGGAAGGGGUUUAGUGGCAGCUUUGUCACUCGGUGCAUCAGGGAUUGUUAUGGGUACAAGGUUUAUUGCCUCGAAAGAAAGUUUGUCACCUGAUAAUGCAAAAUCCCUUAUUAUAAAUACAAACGAUGGCAAUAAUAAUACAAUAAGAACUAAGGUUUUUGAUAAACUUAAAAAUAUUCCAUGGCCUGGAGAAUUUGAUGGAAGAGCUUUAAGAAAUCAAACCACAGAUAUUAUUCUUGAUAACGACAAAGAAAAAGAAGAAUUCGAAAGAAUUAAAAAAAACUAUUUUGGUGGUGUUAAAAAUAAAGACUAUUCAUAUGUUGAAAUUUACGCUGGAAGUGGAGUUGGAUUGGUUAAAGAAGAACUUUCUGCAAAAUAA